UUUUUGAUCUAACCCUCAUGAAGAUCAUUCACCUAUAUAGGCCUCUAUCAUAUCACACUCAAAACAAGAAAACACACACAUUGCAUUACAGUUUUUGUGAUCAUUCCAGAAGCAUAGGAGAAUGAGGAAACCUGAUCUGAUGGCAAACAAGGACAGAAUGAAGGAGAGUAAUAAGAGCAAGUUGAGGAAAGGGUUGUGGUCACCUGAUGAAGAUGAGAAGCUGAUAAGGUACAUGCUCACAAAUGGACAAGGUUGUUGGAGUGACAUUGCAAGGAAUGCUGGUCUCCAAAGAUGUGGCAAAAGUUGUCGUCUUCGUUGGAUCAAUUACCUCAGACCUGACCUCAAACGUGGUGCAUUCUCAUCCCAAGAACAGCACCUCAUCUUCCAUUUGCAUUCCAUUUUUGGUAACAGGUGGUCUCAGAUUGCAGCACGUCUCCCUGGUCGCACGGACAAUGAAAUAAAGAAUUUCUGGAACUCUACAUUGAAGAAAAAGAUGAAAACUAACACUUCACUGAACAACACCACUGACUCAUCAGAAUAUAAUAAUAAAGAUGUUGUGAAUGGGAUCAUCAUGCCCUUUGAUGAACAUGAUGACAUCAUGAACAUCACCAUGACCAUGGAUUCCUCUUCAUCCAUAUCAUCCAUGCAAUUUGACCCUUUUUCCUUGUUGGUAAACAAUCACUGUGAUAUCACUAAUGAUGUUUCAGAAUUUUUUCCCUGCAUGGAAGAUGGACACCAACUGAAUCAUGGAACAUUGGAACCAAAUAACAAAAUGGGGUUUCCUUCACUACAAAGUAGAAGAAGCAUUGAAAGUGACACUGUUCCAAUUGAUGUCAAAAACCACAACAACAACCACUUCAAUUAUGGUUCCUUCGAUAACACUCAUAAGAUUCAAGGCUCCUCCAAGGUUGAGGACUCAUUAGGGUUUGGAAAUCAUGGCCAAGGAGAAUUUUAUUUGGAGAAUUUGAUGCAAGACAUUACCUCUUUCCCUUUCCUUGAUUUUUAAGUUCAUUAGGUUUUUUCCUCUCACAUUCAAUCACAUACUUCCAUUCCAUCGUUUCUUCAAGAGUCAGAAAACUGCUCUCUCGUUAUGAAACACAAAUACAGAUACAGACACGGACACGGAAACCGCAUUGUAGGUAUAUACGAAAGACAACAAGAAGCUCACCUUAGAAAACUUUAGGAAUCCAUAAUUUUUCCCAGUUGAAUCAUUUCAUAUACUUUUGUCUCUUGCAUCUUGUUUUUAUUUUGUCUGUUAAUUUGCAAAUAAUACACACUCCAAAUAUGAAUCCAUGGUCUUAGACAUAGUUGUGUAAUGAAAACUGUAGUAUGUGUAAAGAUUAGCCAUGAGUGGGUCCUGUGGUUUGCUUGUGAAGUACAUUUUGUGGGAAUAAGUUGGUGAAAUAAUCCAAAGUAGAUUUUCAUGAAGAGAAAUAAGGAUGAUUUAGAAAGUAAACAUAAAAAUAAAAAUUAGUUGAGUUUGUAUGGAGUAAUGGAAGUUGUUAAUUAGUGUCAGCAGAUGUAAAGUGAU